GCGUCCAAUCGACCCAAAAACUUGACAUUGGACGCACCCGGCACUCGGGGGCUGCGUCCAAUCAACCAAAAGCAUGUCAUUGGACGCACCCGACGCUCAGGGCUGCGUCCAAUCGACCAAAAACUUAUCAUUGGACGCACCUGACCCUCGGGUGCUGCGUCCAAUCGACCCAAAACUUGUCAUUGGACGCACCCGACACUCGGGGGCUGCGUCCAAUCGACCAAAAAACUUGUGAUUGGACGCACCCGACACUUGAGGGCAGCGUCCUAUCGACCCAAAAACUUGUCAUUCGACGCACCCGACACUCGGGGGCUGCGUCCAAUCGACCGCAAACAUUGUCAUUGGGCACACCCGACGCUAGGGGGCUGCGUUCAAUCAACUCUACAACCUCUCGUUGUACGCACCCGACAUUCACAGGUUAUCGCGUAACAGACAUCAGCAAAGUCAUUCAAUGGUCGGAAAUUUCCAAGCAAGCAAAAUUGGAAUCACGAUGUUUUCUCAUACAGGAUCAACGAAAGUACAGAACAAGAAGACCCGAGGGCUACUCCCACCGGGAGCGCUGGUCGCGCACCCAGUAAAAAUACUACUCAGGCAACUACGCCUACAUCCCUAACGAAUAUCAAAGUCUACUCUACUCCAAGGCCAUAAGUGAUGAGGACAUCCCUAGUCCUUUAUCAUCAACUCCAAUUGAUGAUGUUGCUGCACAAGACAAGCCCAAUGAAGUUAGACUUGGGCCAAUAACAAGAGCACGUGCAAAGCUACUUGAACAACAGGUGAACUCGCUCUUAAUUGAAUCUGAUGUUUUAAUUGAUGAGAGCUUUAUACUACCUAAGUCUAUGCAUUUAUGUAUGAUCAGAUUUGAAGAUAAUUCAACCCUUGUACGUGGAGGAGGAGAGUUGCAGCAAGAUCCAUUGGCGUUGAUUUCCAAUAUCAAGAAGAGCGCUAGGGAGGAGAGGGAGGCCGGCGCACCAGAUGAAGAGGAGGAAAUCAACCAGCAAUAGAAGUUGUCAUGGCUAAUGCUAGGACAAGUCCUACGACACAUCAAACAUGUCUAAGGCAUCAGCGCACGUCGAGGAGCAUGUGACACACAUAGGGCUGCCUACCACAUGGUUUAUUUGCCUAAGUGUGAGUUGGGCCUGCGUGCUCAUAGUUUGGGCUAAAGCCAAUGUUUUGGGUCAGUUUGUAUCAAGUUUGGGUUGAACCAAGUUCGAGUUCGACUCUAAUUAGGUUGCUGGACGUCCACCCUCCUAUAUAAGUUGAGGGGCGCCCACGAUUAGGGUUAGACCACGUUUAGAUUAUUCAGAACCUUUCGUUGGAACUGCUACAAGCAUUCAUCUGAAAUUAUAUUCCUCUUUGAUUCGAUCAGGAAUUUACCUUCAGCACUUUGUUGCGAUCUGGUGUUUUUGCUACUGAAGAUUCAAGUGCUAUCUAUUGUUCCAUUGGGAAUUGGUAGAUUGCAGAACCGCUUCGUGGUCGGCGGCUACGUGCGCAAGCGUGUAGUGUUGCGAAUAUCAACUAGGGUUGAGAAUUGUUGCAUUGGCAGCAAGGGACCAGCCAGAGAUACAUUAGCGUCUCGCGAGUUAUCAUCUAUCUACUACGAGCUCAACGAGAAGAUCGGGCCACCUCUUAUCAUCUUGGUUUCAGAUUUCCAGCGUUUACUCGAUGAGAAAAUUCCAUCCCAUGGAUUAGUUUGUUUUCGACCUAUACAGAAAAAGCCAAAAAAAAUAUUAGGAUUAGAUUUUUGCCAUAACCUAGUUGCAUCGGUUCAUCUAGUUCUUGUACUGGUCGUAGUCCUUCCUUUGUGUAACUUUCACUUCCGGUUAGGUUUUGUUCCGAGGAGUUCUUGUUCUAGUCGGAGUCAACGAGAUCUAUUUUGUUUUCGCCCGUGUCAAGUUGCAGUUUGAGUCCUUUUCCAAAUCCGAGUUGACUUUGUUUCCUAUCCGAAUCCAAGUUGAGUUAGUUUUCAAAUUCGUGUUUCUUUUCACGCUGUUUUUCCUUUCCGCGUUUGUUGCAAUCCGAAUCAGAUUAGAGUUCGUUUUCCUUUCCAAUUGUUAACCCUAGCCACAGCCUUUCUAUCAUAUAAGAGUAGGAACCUUCCCACAAGACUAGCAUAUUUGGCUCUACGGGCUGCUCUUUGUUUACCUUUAUACAGUUUGCUUCCCAUACCAAUCCGAUUUGUCAGUUGAUCUGAGUGCGGAAAGUUUCGGCCACAAGGAAAGAGGAGGGGGAUAGCAAAAAAAAAAAAGAGUCUGGAAACCUCUCCGGAAUUUUUUCGAGCUUAUACUGUUUUUACACUUCCGGGAUUGUUUUUAGCCAUCCGCCGUUGUAGCGGGAAAAUUUUGAGCAAAAACGUGGCCGAAAUCUGUGCUACGAAUUUGCUGUUUUGAGUUGUUCUACCUACUAGUUGGAGCAAUCUUGUGCCCGGAUACCUUGAGCUUUGCUAUCGUCUCUUCUAGUGCAUUUGCAACACGAGCAUUACUCCGACAUAUAUCUCACAUUUUCAGCUCAUUCCUUUGGUUGCUUUUGCCCCACUUAUCUUUGUGUGUGCGUUUUCUGUGAGUAGUGUGCCAUACGAUCAGCACUAGGAUUUGUGAAUUGGUGUUGUUAGGUAUCCUCACCAAGCUCCACCAUACCUUGGUUUGUCCUGUGAUAAUCUCUCCCUUGGUAUUCGCUUCAUCACAUCCGUGCACGUUCUGCCCCUACAAGAUGGUAAGAUAUACUAAUUCACUUUGGAACGGUAAGAUACAUUGUUUCUUUCAGUUUUGAGUGAGUUGAGAGUUUUCCACAUAUAUUUUUCCUUUUUGUGCUCUAAUCAUGUCAACGAGGAUGGUGCAAGUGAUGUUUUGCAGAAGAAGGCUGCUACUGAGGUGGUGCAUUGGCAUGAAUAUGAAGCCCUCCGUGAUCACUUGAAGUUAAAAAAAAAUCAGGCGGUUGAACCCAUAUCCUCAGAUUUGCAGCAAGUGGAGAUGAAGGUUGAUGAGGCCAUUAACACGGCUCAAGCGACCCAGGGUCACGUGACCACCAUGCAGCGCUCUCUCGUUGAUUUGACGCAAGCGGUGACUGAUUUGCGCAUGCUCGUUGAGCGCCAACAACAGCAAGAUCAGCACCAUGAUGAUGAUGAUGAUGCUAGAGUUAAUGAUGGUGGUACAGCCCAUAAUGUGCGUGGCCAGCAGCAAAAUCAGGAUCGGCGUCACAAUGCGCCGAUGGGUUUUGGCCAUGGAGGUGGCCGUGGUGAUGGAGGUCGUGGGCAUGGCCGUGUUGAUGGAGGUCGUGGGAAUGGCCGUGCUGGUGCCUUCCCUAUGGGUCAUGCACGUCGUGAGUUUGAUCAUGAUGAUGGACAGCACGCUCAUCGUGAUGAUGACGGGCUGGGCAAACCGAAGUUUUCUAUUCCCAAGUUUGAGGGCUCUACUGAUGUUGAAGAAUAUCUUAUUUGGGAGCUUAAGAUAGAGAAAUUUUGGCGUUUGCAUGAGUACACCGAGGACAGAAAAAUCAAAUUAGCUUCUUCGGAGUUUGAUGGAUAUGCUUUGCGUUGGUGGGAUAACAUUGUGCGUACUAGGCAGGAAGAAGGUGAUCCCCCAAUCAUCAUGGGGAGAACUAUGAAGGAAGUGAUGCGGGAACGUUUUAUUCCUCGCAACUAUAUGCGUUCUCUCUAUGAUAAGCUGCAGAAUUUGAGGCAAGGCACUAUGUCCGUGGAUGAUUAUUUUCACGAGAUGGAGUUGAUUAUGCAGCGUGCUAGAGUUCGUGAGCAACCAGAACAGACCAUGCAGCGGUUUCUUUCUGGUUUGACAUACAAUAUCAAGCGUAUCGUUCGGCAUCACCAAUAUUAUGACAUGAACGAGUUGCUGCAUCAUGCACGGGAGGCUGAACUUCAGUUAGCCGAAGACGCGAAGUUUGCUGCUCGUUCCACUUCGGCUCGUGGUCGUUUCACGCCACACCCAUCAGGUGGGCCGUCUACACCAAGUCCUUCUUCGGGUGUUCUUGGUACUAUUUCAAGCAAGCCCGAAUCUGCUGUUAUCAAUGCCAAGAAACCGGCACAACCUGCUGCUAGUGUUGCCGGUUCCUCUAUGUCUACAGCAAGAAACAGGGAUAUGAAUUGUCAUACAUGUGGUGGCAAGGGUCACUUCAAGCGCGACUGUCCCAAUAAGAAGGUUAUGUUGGUGAAUGAGGAUCUCGAGUAUGAGACCGGUGAUGAUGCUGAUCCUGAAUCUGAACCUUUGGAGGAUGAAGAUGCUUAUGAUGAAGGUGUUGUUGAUGCCUACGCGAUACACUUUCCAACUAUUGUGUGUUCGCAAAGGGUGCUGAAUGUCACGCCUAGUCCUGAGAAUCAGUGCUGCAACUUGUUCCAAACAAAGGCUAUCGUUGGUCCUAGCAAGGCAUGCAAGGUGAUCAUCGAUGGUGGUAGUUGUCGGAACUUGGCUAGUAAGGAGCUAUGUGCAAAACUGAAAUUGAAAUAUUGUCGCACCCCAAUCCAUAUUAUAUUCAAUGGUUGAGUGAUAGUGGGGAGAUGAAGAUCAGCCAUAUGGUGCGUGUGGAAUUUCAGAUUGGACCAUACAAAGACACCGUUGAGUGUGAUGUGGUUCCCAUGACCGUGUGAAACUUGUUGUUGGGUCGUCCAUGACAAUUUGAUAGGAACGUUCGUCACAAUGGGAGAGCCAACACAUAUCAUUUGCAUUGGCGUGGCAAGGAUGUUACUUUGAGACCCAUGACACCGCAGCAAAUCGUAAAUGAAUCAAGGCAGAAAUUUGAAGUAAAUUGUGAGAAUGAGCGUGAGAGAUUAGAUAGGCGACCGACUCCACUUUUGGUGAGCGAGAGCCACAAACCAAAUUUGAGUGGUAAACAGAACGGUGAGGGAGAGAAUUCCUUAGUAAUGCUAGCCACCAAAUCUAUUUUGAGAGAGUUCAGCGAGGAUCCUACUUUGACGCCUUUUGUGCUUAUGUGCAAAGGUGUUUUACUUUCUACUAACGACAUGACCCCGCUGCCUAUUGGUGUUUCUCAUGUUUUACAGGAUUUCGACGAUGUGUUCCCGGAUGAGGUACCCGCUGGUUUGCCAUCGUUGCGUGGUAUAGAACAUCAAAUCGAUUUGAUACCCAGUGCGUCGUUGCCCAAUCGAGCCCCCUACCGCACCAACCCCGAGGAAACGAAAGAAAUUCAGAAAUAAGUACAAGGACUUCUCGACAAAGGUUAUAUUCGCGUAAGUCUUAGUCCAUGUGUUGUUCCUGUUAUUUUAGUUCCUAAGAAAGAUGGUACAUGGCGCAUGUGCGUAGAUUGUAGUUAUAAAUAACAUCACUAUUCGAUAUCGUCAUCCCAUUCCACGUUUGGAGGAUAUGCUAGAUGAAUUGAUGGUGCUGUUGUUUUCUCUAAAAUUGAUUUGCGUAGCGAAUAUCAUCAAAUUAGGAUGAAAGAAGGGGAUGAAUUGAAGACAGCUUUUAAAACAAAAUUCGGUUUAUAUGAGUGGUUAGUCAUGCCGUUUGGGUUAACUAAUGCACCUAGUACUUUCAUGCGCUUGAUGAAGCAUGUUUUACGGCAUUUCAUCGGUAAAUUUGUGGUUGUGUACUUUGAUGAUAUAUUAAUUUACAGCCGCAAUGAAUCUAAACGUUGUGAUCAUAUUCGACAAGUUUUGCAAGUGUUGCGUGAUGCUAAGCUUUAUGGUAAUCUUGAUAAGUGCACAUUUGCAAAGAUACGGUCAUAUUUCUGAGAUAUGUUGUUUCUAAACAUGGAGUUGAGGUAGAUGAUUCUAAAAUUGACGCUAUUAAAAAUUGGCCUACUCCAAUGAAUGUUAGUCAAGUACGAAGUUUUCACGGUCUUGCUGGUUUCUAUAGGCGUUUUGUGAAAGAUUUCAGUACUAUUGUUGCACCUUUGAAUGAGUUAACUAAAAAAGGUGUUGAGUUUGUUUGGGGCCCAUCCCAAGAUAAUGCUUUUGAUGAACUAAAACGUCGUUUGACUGCUGCACCUUUGCUUGUACUUCCUGAUUUCACUAAACAAUUUGAGAUUGAGUGUGAUGCUAGUGGAAUUGGUAUUGGAGGUGUGUUGAUGCAAGAGGGUAGACUGAUUGCUUAUUUUUCUGAAAAAUUGAAUGGUGCACAAUUGAACUAUCCUGUUUAUGAUAAAGAAUUGUAUGCUCUUGUUCGUGUUCUUGAGGUUUGGCAACAUUAUUUGUGGCCAAAAGAAUUUAUCAUACAUUCUGAUCAUGAGGCAUUGAAAUAUUUGAAAGCUUAAUCCAAUUUACAUAGACGUCAUGCUAAGUGGGUUGAAUUUAUUGAGUCUUUCCCGUACAUUAUUAAGCAUAAGAAGGGUAAAGAUAAUGUGGUGGUUGAUGCUCUAUCUAGGAAAAACAUGUUAUUGACACUUUUGGAUGUUAAAGUUCCUGGUUUAGAGAGUUUGCAUGAUUUAUAUGAUGUUGAUCGUGACUUUGCUGCACCAUAUUCUCUUUGUACAGCAGGGAAAGCAUGGGAAAAAUAUCACAUACAUGAUGGUUUCUUGUUUAGAGCUAACAAACUAUGUGUUCCAGAAUCGUCCGUGCAUUUGCUAUUGUUGCAGGAAUCACAUGCGGGCGGUUUGAUGGGUCACUUUGGACGUGAGAAGACGUUGCUUAUGCUCGCUGAUCAUUUUUAUUGGCCUAAGAUGAGGCGUGAUGUGGACAGGUUUGUGAAACGAUGUAUCACUUGCAAUAAGUCGAAGUCCAAGCUGAAGCCUCAUGGUUUCUACACUCCUCUUCCUGCUCCUACUACUCCUUGGGAAGAUAUAAGCAUGGAUUUUGUGUUAGGAUUGCCUAGGACUAGAAGAGGGCAUGAUUCAAUCUUUGUGGUAGUAGAUCGUUUUUCCAAGAUGGCACAUUUUAUUGCUUGCCACAAGAGCGACGAUGCGUCGCAUAUUGCUAAUCUGUUUUUCAGGGACAUUGUACGCUUACAUGGCAUACCAAAGACGAUUGUUUCUGAUCGUGAUGUGAUAUUUAUGAGCUAUUUCUGGAAGACACUAUGGGGCAAGC